AUGACGUUGAUUUCUAUCAUUUGGACCAAGGUUUGCGAAGUUGGAUUAUCACCCACCAACCUUUUUUCAGAAAAGGAUUUACCCAAUAAAACCACCCUUACCAAUCAGAUAAAGAAAGCUGAUGAUGUAACUGGUGGCGUUGGUGAUCUUGGUGAUAAUUCUACUUCUGAAUAA